AGGGAAGGAGGCAAACACAGAUAGGACACCCGAGUGGAGGAAGUAAAGCAAGAGCGGGGAGGAGGGAGGUGUGGGGGAGGGCACCGGGCUAUAUGAGCACAUGGGACAGAGAAGGACGGGCAGAGUGCAGGGGACAGCGCAGAGGAGAGCUCGCCACCGAGACGUUAGCGACGGCGGCACACAGACCCAUGCUGCCUGAGGAACAUUGGGAAAGAGGAGUGACAAAAACCCAAGACCACACCACAGGGGGCCUGCCUACAGGUGGCUGUGCUUCCCUCACCUUCUACAUUUAAGGAGCGAGGGCCUCGCCCUGGACAGCAGAGCCCAGACAAAGCUGCGGGUAAAGGAUCGGCGCAGAGUGUCGGAGGGUGAGGCACGGAAACCCGAUUCACAGGAAGCGGGAGGAACGGGCGUCCUGCAUCCUGCCAGCUACGAGGAACAACAGGCACAGGAAGGGAAGACCCGGAAAUCCAGCAGCCUGGGGAUCACAGCCUCACCAUGAGUCUGAGCGGCACUCUGGACAAACACUCAACCCACCACCGGACCAUGGACCUGGGGGUUGAAUCGCAGACAGAGCUCCACCACUCCAACUCUGUGGCGUCCACAGCCCCUGCAGGAAGCCAGGUGGGGACACCAGGAGUGGUGGUGCCCCCUCCAUACUCAGCCGCCGACGGCAGAGGGGAUGCACCCCUGGAGCUGCGCGGAGCACUGGACUGCUGGGCCUGCUCAGUUCUGGUGACCGCCCAGAACCUGGUCAUAGCCACUAUUAACGCUGGUCUGGCUGGUUUGGUGUUUGGUCUCAUCCUAACCCCCGCCAUAGUCAUGGUGGUCUUCGGCUUUCUCUGUCACUCCACGGUGCGCCCCCAUGGCUCUGCCCAGUACUGCUCGGAGCUGCUGAGCGACGGUGGCUGUGUAGCACUCCUGGUGGUCGGCUUCCUGCUGGUGACACCCCUGCUGGUGCUGGCGUUGGCUGCCUACUGCCGCCUGGCUCGCCACCUCCAACUGGGCCUCUGCUUCAUCCCAUACAGCCGUGCUGUCUACAAAAACCUGCCUGCUUCACAGCACCGUGGUCUGACUGGAGGCUGCUGUGGCCAUCAGGGGGCAUCGGGCAACAGGGGCAAGGCCAAGGUGUGGGUGUGAGCGCCAGAGUGGGGAGUGACUGGAGGCCGAGUAGGCAAGAUGCUCACGGCACUGUGGACAAGGGAGUUAAGUCUUCAGUAGUGCUUUGGCCCAUCGACUUGGAUGUGCUUCUAAAUUAUUUUACUCAAAUACCACUUUUAUACCACAGUAUGAGGACAAACAUGCAUAUUUAAGCAUAUGUUAAACAUUAACCAUAUACUUUAUUUUGUAACUGAUUUAAUACAUUUUACUAACUACAUUGAUUUACUUCAAAUACAUUUUCUAGAAACUUGUGCUUCUUGGUGUUUGCUUUUCAGAACAAAAUCACAAAGGUCCCCAAAGGGAGGUCUGAUGUGAAAGCCAUCCCAGCUCUACUCACAGCAACACCAAUCACAAACCACACGUUACCGUCACAUAACUACACUACGUGCAUUUUGCACACUAUAACAUGAACUAUGUCAGCUUAAAACACCACAAUGUUUAA